AUGGAUUUGCCCAUUAGUGUUGUGUUGCUGUCCCUUGUGGUCUUUUCUAUAACUGCAGUUGUCACAAAAAUUGCAAGUCGAAGAAUUACAGUCGAUCCUUUGUGCACUCCACCGCCUCCACCUGUGGUGAAGGGUAUUACUUUCUUAAGAUUCUUAUGUACGAUGUGUACAAAGGGUCCUGAAGCUGCAAUGCUUUCUCUCUAUAACACCCUUGGCAGUGUGUUCACAAUAAGUUUUCUCUGGAAAAGGAUAACCUUCUUAGUUGGACGGGAGGCUUCUGACAUUUUCUUUCGAGGGAUGGAGUCUGAGAUUACCCAUGGAGAUAUAUAUGAGUUCACCGUGCCAAUAUUCGGAAAGGAGAUGGGUUUUGCUGUAGAUUACACCACUAGAAUGGAGCAGAAUCGCUUCUUUGUUGAGUCCCUGAGGCCGGCGCAACUGAGGAACCAUGUCAACCCCAUGCUUCAAGAAGUGGAGAACUACUUUGCAAAAUGGGGAGAUGAAGGGAUAGUGGAUCUGAAACAUGAAUUUCAGCAGCUCCUCAUGCUAAUCUCUAGCCGAUGCCUGGUUGGCAAAGAGGUCCGAGAGAAGAUGUUCGGCCAGUUCUGCACAUUGCUCCAUCAAAUUGAGGAAGGCUUGAACCUUGUGAGCUUCUUAUUCCCAUACAUCCCAAUCCCAGUAAAUCGUCGGCGUGACAAAGCACGGAUCAAGCUUACGGGACUGCUUUCAGAGAUUGUGAUGUCACGUAAGAGCUUCGACCGUGUCGAGGAGGAUGUGCUCCAGAGACUCAUGGAUUCAACGUACAAAGACGGCCGUGCCACGACCUUAGGAGAAGUCAGUGGGUUAAUCCUCGGUUUGAUUUUUGCUGGCAAACACACGAGCGCAACGACUAUCACGUGGACUGGAGCACAACUUUUGAGCCAUCAAAAGUUCUUAGUUGCAGCUAUGGAUGAGCAAAAGCAAAUAAUUGGAAAGUACAAGGAGAACAUUGACUACAGUGUUUUGUCAGAGAUGCGGACGCUGCAUAGUUGCAUCAAAGAGGCGGCACGUAUGCACCCUGCAUUGCCAACAUUAGUCCGCAAGGUACAGAGAGACAUCACCGUGACUUCAAAAGGGGGAAAUGAAUAUGGUAUCCCAAAAGGCAACACCUUAGUAAACCUUGUCUUGGUGAACGGCAUGUUACCACACAUUUACAAUGAUCCUGAGGUGUAUGAUCCAGAUCGGUUUGGUCCAGGGAGGGAAGAGGACAAAGUUGCUGGUAAAUUCUCUUACACAUCAUUUGGAUGUGGAAGGCAUGCUUGCAGCGGCGAGGCCUAUGCUUACAUGCAAAUUAAAAUUAUCUUGAGCCAUUUGCUGAGAAAUUUUGAGCUCAAAUUGAUUUCUCCAUUCCCCAAGGCAGACUGGAGCAAGAUUACGCCAGAGCCCAAAGGAGAAGUGAUGGUAAGCUACAAGAGAUGUCGUCUGGCAGGCAAAUAA